AUGAAGGAGCUCGGUGAGGUCAAAUUUAUUCUAGGUAUGGAGAUCGAUCAUGAUCGUAACGGCAGUACGCUGAUGAUUCGUCAGACUCGCUAUAUCGAUGACGUGGUCUGCCGGUUUAACGAAGAUGAAUACAAGACAGUUGUCAACCCAUGCGAGUCUGGAUUGAAGCUAUUAAAGAUACAAUCACAAGCGACGGACGCUGAAAGAGAAGAAAUGCAGUCGAAGCCGUACAGGUCGUUGAUUGGAUGUCUGCUACACAUCUCAACAUGUACGCGACCUGAUGUGGCGUAUAUAACCACACAGUUGUCACGUUUUUUGGAAAAUCCUGGUCAACAACAUUGGAAGGCUGCCAUUCGUGUUCUACGAUAUCUCAAGACUACAAGAGACUACGGCAUAAUCUACGACGGCAGCGCAAGUGAGGUUCAAGCAACAGCAUACACGGACGCGGACUGGGGAAGCAACAUCGACGAUCGACGCUCGGUUUCAGGCAUAAUGGUGAUGAUUGGUGGCGCACCAGUCGUGUUCAAGUCCAAGUACCAGCGCACUGUGGCAUUGAGUUCGGCAGAGGCGGAGAACAUGGCUUUAAGCUUUUGUACCCAGGAAGUACUGUGGGUCCGCGCGAUGCUCAAGGAUUUCGGUCAUGAACAAGUGGGAGCGACUUUGGUCUAUGAAGAUAAUCAAGGUGCGAUUGGGCUUGGAAGCAACUCAGGAUACAAUGCCAGGACCAAGCACGUCGACAUCCGUCACCACUUCAUCCGAGAAAAUGUGGCUCAAGACAUUAUUGUGGUCAAGUACAAGUCAACGGUGGACCAGCUGGCAGACAUGUUGACCAAGGCACUAGGGACGAAGCGACUCAAGUAUUUGCUCCAAUCAAGUGGAAUCGGACCAAGGCGCAGUCAGCAUAAGCGGUGA